AUGCUCCUGCUGCCGCGGGACGUGGAAGCAUGCUGCAGAACGCCAAACGUGCUGCGAGGAAACGUGGCCGUGAAGACGAAAUACCAGAGCAACCCCGGCAAGCGCGUGGAGUGGGGCGAGGCAGAGGGCGAGGUGGGGGCCACGGAGAUGAGCGCGGAGGCGAAAGGAGGGGAGGAGGACGAGGGAGAGGGAGAGGCCGAGGGAGAGGCGGAGAGAGAGGAGGAGGGAGGGCGGGAGGUCGGGGAGGUCGUGGCGAUGGGACGGGUGGAGGACGCGUCGAAGGGAGAGGGGGAGGGCGAGGCGGAAAUCGGGGUGGCGGACAAGGAGCCGGUCGUGGCAGAGGCCGAGCUGCUGGCACGGGACGGGGGAGAGGAAGGGGAGCAGCAG